AUGUUGGUCACUGCAAUACGACGAGCUGCUCGCUCAGCUCCCAUUGCUAAAGAUAUUCCCAUCAAAGAUAUUCCUGAUGCAUGGAUGAGAUGGACUGAUGCUCACUCUCUCUACUACAAUGUCUCUUGUUCUCCCCUGGGUGCAACUGCUGCUAAAACACUUGCUUCGCCUGUUUUACCAACAGAAUUAAGUAUUGAUCAAGCCAAAGGAUGGCUGUAUCUUAAACAAGCUGCAUAUGUGGAACGUUUAAAUGCUGCUCUGGGACAAGGCCAGUGGUCGCUACAACCUGUCGGACCAAUCUCUUUUACUCCUUCAAAAAAAAUCAUAUAUAGACCAUUUGCUCUAUUACAUGACAGCAAGUUUAUAUCUGAAGCUAUUGGUGAGAGUGCUUUAUCGUCGUUCUCGUCGUCUCAAGAUGCACACAUAUGGUGUGAAUAUACUGCUCUUGUGCGUACAUGUAAAGAUUUGGGUAUAGCUUCUGAACUUUGGGAUCCUGAAGCAGUCAAACAUCUUCGUGAUAAAACAUUCGAGUCUAGCUGGGUCAAAAAUCUGACUACUGGACGCAGCACCCGGGUAUGGAAGCUAAGAAGUCAGUAUAAUAAGUAG